AUGCGUGCACUGGUCGACCCUAAAGGAAACGCCGCGCCGCCGCGUGCGACUAGCGCGUCAUUUGGCGGGGGGGAGGGGGGUGGGGGACCGGGAGGGGGAGGGGCGGGGAGGGAAGGGCGGCGCAACGCACGGCGCGGCGCGGGCGUGCACACACACGCGCACGCGCACGCUCGCGCGCGGACGAAAGUCGGACCCACGCACGCGGUCGUACGCACUAUCGUGAAACAAAGAGAAACGACACGGGGCGACACGAUGCCGGCCACGGCGCGGCGCUCUGCAGGGCCCUCCUACGUCAGU